GCAAGAUCAUAUCUCCGCUUAACACACUACAAUAGCCAUGGACCCAAAACUGACUGAGGCAGCUUAUCACGCCACCUCUGGCGGGCCACUCUCUACACCGUCUUUUUACUUCGAUAAGUUACCCCACCUCGAGCGCAAGCGCGAGUUCAGCCUCAUCGUACCCAUCCGGUCUGGCCGUGCAUGGUAUGUCAAAGCUGGACAGAUUUGCAGACUAUCACUCCCGGAUGGGCCCCAGGUGGGCGAUCUCAACUUGUGGCAUGCGCACAAUCCGAGGGAGAGGAUGUGGGCUAGCAGGACGAGACAGUUGCAGGCGGCUCAUGUUUCACUGGGUGAUCGGCUUUGGAGCUGCUUGCCUUAUCUAAGGCCGAUGUGCACUAUCAUUGGCGAUUCUCUUGCCGACUACGGCAAGGACUCGAAUGGAGGACGGGUACAUGACCUUCUGGGUACUCGCUGUGACCCUUAUGUCAAUCGGAUGAUUACUGGGAAGGACUUCGACUAUCACUGUCACAGCAAUCUGACUAGAGCCAUAACACCACACGGACUCAACGAAUCUGACGUCCACGACGUCCUCAACGUCUUUCAGCUUACAGGGCUGAACGAUCAGGAUAAGUAUUGGAUGGGCGCGUGCCCUGCCAAAAAGGGUGACUACUUCGAGUUCAUCGCCGACAUUGACCUCCUUUGUGCAUUGUCUACUUGUCCCGGAGGCGAUCUCAGCGUCCGAAUGUGGGAUGACUCGAACUCCUCAAAACAUGCUGAGGACGCACAGUUAUCUGAGGGAGAAGAUGACCCUACAUUGAAGGUGUGCCGACCUAUCCAAGUCGACGUGUUCUCGUGCUCGGAGGGGGCGCUGCAGUCGCUUGGUUGGAGUGAGGCAGAGUGCAACGGGCCGCAGAAGUACAAGGGUCUUCAUGGAAUGAAGCCAAAAGAGUACUCUACAUGAGUGUAAGCAUUACGGUUUUGCUGUUGAUACCGGGAGGCAUUACUGUAAAGAAACCCGAUUUUUGCUAUACUGCGCAAGAUCUAUCCCACGAGUAUACCUUUCGAUCACACUAUAUGUCCCUUCGAUAC